AUGACUCCUUCCCCAACUCGAGAUGACGAUCGUCAUCCCGGGUUUACUGAAGUAAAACACACCGCCUUACUAGUAAAGCCAACAAAUACUGUUGGAAUAUUUAAGACUCCUGUAAUGGUGCCAUUUUCGUUGGCGUACAUCUUCGCCCUCCUAUGUGAAAUCUUCCGUGCCCGAGGUCAUGGCACAGCUUUGUGGGCUGUAAACUGUGGCGGCCCCUUCCACGAAGACGUUAAUGGCGUUGAAUACAUGGCAGACCCUCUUGAUGCGGGCGUAGCAUCAGAUUAUGGAACUAGGUUUACUCCUUUCCACCGCGUCCCCGAAGAGGAUUUUAUUUUAUAUCAGACCGAAAGAUACGACACUAGAGAUUUUUCAUAUGAAUUUCCGAGACCGUCGGAUGGUGCUUAUGUUUUGACGCUUAAAUUUUCCGAAGUUUGGUUUGACAGGCCAGGUGGCAAGGUUUUUGAUGUAGCUAUCAAUAAACACAUAAAAGUGAUAUCGGACCUGGAUAUCUUUGCCAGGGUCGGAUUUAUUACAGCGCACGAUGAGUACAUACCGUUCUCCAUAAAUAAUAACAUUCUUCAAAUUGGGGAUGCCUCCAUGGACAUUACCGGACAAAACUCCAUUACAGUCAACUUUCUUAAGGGUAGCCAAGAUAACCCCAAAGUGAAUGCAAUUAUUCUCUACAAAGGAACAAUUGAAGAUGUGCCAAAGUUGCCACCUCUACAACAACAAGAGCCGGAGCCCCCGCAGCCUGAUACCUUCACCACUCCCACACCUUCAAGGCGACCGCGAUCGCUGCCUCUAAAUGCCCCUCCCGCUCCAGACCCCUACGGCUCCAUGGACAGUUCAUAUGUAAUACCGGUUAUCGUCUGUUUGGCUGCUUUCUUGCCCGUCAUAUUUUGUCUUUGUAAACUAUAA